UGCAAUGUUCAGUAACUCUCUAAAUGAUCUAAAAAAAUUCAGACGUUAUGGUAAGAUACCUUUAUUUUCCCUGCAGUUGUGAUACGUACUUUACAGCAGCCAACAAAAAGGUGAGUGGUUACACUAUAGGUAAUGUACUACAACCAUCAACCAGAGCGACUAAGAUUUUAUACAAAAAACAAGGAGGACAUUUUGUAAAGGUCUAUUCACUGGCAACAAUGAAUUUCUUCUGUUCUCCAAAAAUAGUUCAUUUUUUUAAGUAUAGUUCACUUAAAUCGCCAACUAAACUGUACAGACUUUUAGAGACAUUUGCUGAAUUCAUAUAAAGCAUACAAAUCGUGAUUUGGUGACUAAAACAUUUUAAAAAUGUAACCACGAAGGUAGAUUUAAAAAAAUAAAAAAAACAAAACAGGUUUUUCCGGGAAGUGAAAUAAUCCGACGUGACUCAAACGUAUCAGGAGAGAUACAUUUGCUUUCGUCAUGACGCAGCGCGACGUCGGUCGUUCGUCCAAUCAGAAGCGGAGAACGGAACUGAGGACAGGAGCAGAUGAUAUGGCAGCUUCGAGCGCGGCCAGGUGGAACCUGCUUUGUUAACGCGACUGGACGCUCGGACAUGAUACCCGCCUGAGCCGGCAGCGUCAGGACGGAGGCUCGACAUGUUCUACCUAAUCCUGAUCUCCGCCGUGUGUGGAGCGGUCCUGACGUUGGUUCUGGAGUUCCUGCUGCUGUACAGGAGGAGCCCGGAGCCCGUCGGCAGGACGGUCCAGUAUGUCAAAGUGCUGCCCGACACCUCGCUGAAGGAUUACUUUAAUACCCCGCAAGCCGAGCCUAGCCCGCCGCCGCAGGACGGCUCAGCCUCCGCUGCGUGGAAGCAGCCGGAGGCCGCGCUCUCCAAGCCGCAGGAAGCGGCUGUCAGCGGUGGCAGCCCCAAACAACCGGCGCCGCCGGUCUCUCACGGCGAGCCGGUGGAUUCGGGCAAACCGGAGACCUGCCAUUUCCUGAACGCGAUUUUCCUGUUCCUGUUCAGGGAGCUGCGGGACACCCCCGUGGUCAGACACUGGCUCACCAAAAAGAUCAAGGUGGAGUUCGAGGAGCUGCUGCAGACCAAGACGGCCGGGCGGCUGCUGGAGGGACUCAGUCUCCGGGACAUCUCUCUGGGGAACUCCCUGCCGGUCUUCAAGACCGCCAGGAUCAUGAAGCCCGUGCACCUGAACGAGGACGGCAUGCCCGAGGAGCUCAACUUCGAGGUGGACAUCGAGUACAACGGCGGCUUCCACCUGGCCAUCGACGUGGACCUGGUCUUCGGGAAGUCCGCCUACCUGUUCGUGAAGAUGAAGCGGGUGGUGGGCCGGCUCCGGCUGCAGUUCACCCGCAUGCCCUUCUCCCACUGGUCCUUCUCGUUCCUGGAGGACCCGCUGGUGGACUUUGAGGUGAAGUCGCAGUUCGAGGGAAGGCCGCUGCCGCAGCUCACCUCCAUCAUCGUCAACCAGCUCAAACGAGUCAUCAAGAAGAAGCACACCUUACCCAACUAUAAGAUCAGAUACAAACCCUUCUUCCCAUUCCAGGUGCAGCCCCCGCAGGGGUCACCCUGCGAGCUGGACCUGUCCGUCCAGGACAGCCGGCUGGUGGAAGGCAGGCUCAGAGUCACCCUCAUCGAGUGCAGCAGGUUGUUCAUCCUGGGCUCGUACGACAGAGAAACCUACGUUCACGUGACUCUGGAGCUGAGCAGUUUCCAGUGGAAGGAAAAGACUCGCAGCUCCAUCAAACAGACGGAGGUUAUCAAAGGAGUUGGUGGCAGCGUUGGGAUGACGUUCAGGCAAGUUCCUGCGUCCGAGGGAGAUGCAAUGCACGUCAGCAUCGAGACGGUGGCAUCCAACUCCCCCGCAGCUUUGGCAGAUCUACAGAAGGGUGAUCGCCUCAUUUCUAUUGGAGGUGUCAAAGUGACAUCUUCUGUUCAAGUGCCCAAACUGUUGAAGCAAGCUGGAGAAAAGGUGCUAAUACGUUAUGAAAGACCAGUUCGCCAUCAGAAUGCCCCCCAGGGGAGUCAUGGAACUUUUCAGGAAGGCUUGGGGCAGCUGGAAGAAACAGGUUUCAUUUCCCACCCAGCAGGCUAUGAAGAGGACCCGGCUCCAAUCACCACAAUCUCUGAUUUAACGGACAGUAAAGACAUGGACUCUGAGUUUGAGGAGUUGAUUUCUGAAACUAAAACUAUCCAGACAAGUGGACCUAGCAGCAGUACCACGAAUGCCAGUGACACCAAGGAGGAUUUCUUACUUAACGUAAACCAAAGUCCCAAAAGGACCGUUGCAAACCUGGCUGCUAAACCCCUUGGCACCAUAUCACCCAUCCUCAACCGCAAAUUAAACCUAGUGGGUUUGCAAUCGCCACUAAAACCCCAGCCCAAAGAAUCGCCCAAACCCUCACCAAGUAAGGCCAGUAGUGAUCCAGGGGAGGGUCUGCAACGACCUGCUGUCCCUCCCCCGCCUCCUCCCUCUCGCCCCCCAGUGCCCCCAAGACCUCAGAUACGAUUGACAUCAGCAUCCUCAGAGACCAGUCUUUUAGAAAGUGUUGAUUCUGUUACUACUACUACGGUUACUUCUGUUGCUCCAACUAUGACCACCACCAUCAGUGCUUCUGAGAAAUCACCAGAAAAGGCUCCAUUGAGUGGAGCUGGUGAAGAAAAAUCUGGAGCUGAGAAGAUGAGUAUCAAACAAGCUGAAGUGAAGCAGUCAACAAAGCCCACAGAUUCCAGUGAUGAACUCCUUGCUCCUUCUUCUGUAACAAGCAGCAAGGCAGAUCAAGCAAAGGACAAAACUUCCGAGAGCUCUUGCAGCACACGAGACAGUCUGGAGGAACACUCUCUCUGGGAGUCCCCAGAAACCCUGUUUAAAAAUCAAACUGCGCGUUGGUCUAAGACCUCUGUGGUCUUUGAGGUGGAGGCCAACCAUAAGUACCUUAAUGUGGGCCUAUGGUCCAAGGAUCCCUUUAAGCUUGGCAGUUUGUUGUGCCUGGGUCAUGUGAGCCUUCAGCUGGAGCAUGUAGCCCUAGAAUGUAUGGCCACAUCUUCUGCAGAAUAUCAGAGCACCUUUAGGUUGGGGCCUCCAGAACCUAGAGCCAAUGUCAGUCGCACUGCACUGCGCAGCCUCGGCACCCACAAGGGUUUCAAUGAGAAGCUGUGCUACGGAGAUGUAACCUUAAACUUCUGCUACUUGGCAGAGGGUGAGCCGGACGCUGCAGUGGGACCGAUGGAAAGGGAGCGAGAGGGUAGCCUCCAGGAUGAGGAGCUGAAGGACAAGGAGAAGGAACCUAUCCCCUCGGUUCAGCGUGAUGACUUGGCCUUCAAUGCCAUGCAGAUUACUGAAGUUCGUCACAACUUUCAAGACACUCAGUUCCAAAACCCCACUUACUGUGACUACUGCAAGAAAAAGGUCUGGACAAAGGCAGCCUCUCAGUGUAUAAUUUGUGCUUACGUCUGCCACAAGAAGUGUCAGGAUAAGUGCCUAGCUGAAAAUCCUCUCUGUGUGGCAGCUGCUGAGCGUCGUGGAACUGAUCCUGAGGCUAAAUCCACCAUAAACCGUGCCACUGGCCUGACGCGCCAUAUCAUCAAUACCAGCUCCCGCCUGCUUAGCCUUCGCCAGGUGCCCAAGACUCGACCUACUGAACAGAUGUACGUGGCACCUGUAGGGGUGGAACCCUCACCCAAAGAAACCCCGAACACAUCCGACAAUGAGAGCAGUGACACUGAGACGUACACCAGCGGAGCUAGCCCAUCCAAGCAGCCCUCUGGAGGCAGCGGCAGCAAACUUGCACCAAAAGAAGGCGGGUUGGACGACAGCGUGUUCAUCGCCGUGAAGGAGAUAGGCCGCGACUUGUAUCGAGGCUUGCCCACAGACGAACGCUCCCAGAAGUUGGAGCUGAUGCUGGACAAGCUCCAGCAGGAAAUCGACCAGGAGCUGGAGCACAACAACUCCCUUAUGGUGGAGGAGAGGGAGGCCACAGAUGUUCGACGGAAGGCCUUAAUCAGUGCUGCUCUGACCAAGUCUGGGGAGAGACUCCAGGCCCUCACGCUGCUCAUGAUCCACUACCGCGCAGGAAUAGAGGACCUGGAGUCUGUGGAGAGCACGUCUCCUUCUGAACAGCAAGGCUUCAAGGCCAAAGGAGAGGGUCUGGAGGAGGAGGGCCUGAUGGGAGCAGAGGUCUAUGACAGUGACAUCUCCAGCCCUGUGGAUGUACCUCUGCUGGACGACAUAACCGAGGAGCAGAUCUGUGUGGAGGCCCUCCAUUAGACCAAGCCUGUAAAUGAAAAGAUGAAGUAUGCGUACACUGGGCCUGAGCUUUGCAGAAAAAGUGAUUUUGAUAUUGACAAACUUCAGCAGUCCUUUUUAAAAUAUUGAGUAUGUUUUAUUCACUUUUUUUGUUUGUUUGUUGUCAGUCAGAAAUGGAAGGAUCCUAAAAGAUUUCCCUUCCCCAGGAGGAUUUUGGAAAUCUGUUGUUCUGAUUUGCACAGCGUGAUGCUUUUUCCAUGCUGACGGUUUGUAAAGGGAAGCUGGAAAUCGACAGCAUCACCUGCCCUCAGUACUGCUGCGUGUUUACCCUCCAGUUGUGCUUUUCCUUGUCACAUUUUUGUCACUUUGUUCUCCAUCUGUUGCAUUGGAAAAACGUUAGAAAGCGCACCUUUGUUUGGUCCAAUAACCGGAACCAGAAAUAAAAUAACAGACUUUGACACAGCUUCUAUACUGUCCUCACUUUGGUCUGUUAAUCUCAGCUUGCAUGAUGAACCCAUCUGAUGAUGUAGAGUCCCAUUUCGCUCUGCACCCUGCGAGCGUUCAUACCGAACCUUUUCGUUUUUAGCACUUUUUUACUGCAAAUGUUUGGAUUUUAAGGAAAUGCUGUCUACUCUUCUGGACUUGAAUACCAUUGUAAUCAUUCCUUAUGUCUUCAGAUGCAUAAUUUGUCAUUUGUUUGGUUAUGUUUAAGAAUAUCUAAGUUAUUAUCUAUCGAGGGCUGAGAUUUAUUGUCAUUAGUGAUCAUUGUGAAAAUUUUGCUGUUUUUUAUUAUAUACAUUUUUUUCUUUAAAAAUAAUUAUUUCCGUAUUUUAAAUUUAAACCGUGGAUUGUUGCUUCUUGAUGAAACCCUUGAAGAGGUUAUCUGAGUGAAUGUUGGUCCUUUGACUUCAUAGUUUUGGUGAUUUUAGCCAGUUUGAGGAUGAUCUCCGAGCUUCUCGGGGGGGAAUUUUCUGGAGAUUCAAAUGCCUUCUACAGGUGUUUUUCUUGCUUCAAUGAAUGUAUGUUUAGACUCCGCCUCCACACUUUCCACCCAAACCCCAACCAGCUUUAUCUGUGACGCUUUUUUUUCAUUGAUCUUCUUAUCCAGAGGAGCACUGCUACACUGCAAAGCUCAAAGAGGACAGCUUUGCGUCUUUUUACGCCCCUUCAGUGCUGCAACUUUACCUGCACAAAGUUAAGAGCAAAAUUUAGGUUUGAUGAGAAAUAUCAGACUGGUGGUCCAGAAGUUUUCAUUUUCCACCUGCAGAGUAAAAGAUAUGCAGUUCUUCACUGGUUUAAAGAUCUAAAAUUAAACUAAUCUGCUAUUUACAUUGAUUUCAGACACCUGUUGCUCUUAACAGACCAGAAGUUCCACAUUAUUGGAGGGAAUUUUCUCCUCUUGUGGAUUAUUGUUGCUCAUGUACAUAUUAUCUCACUGGCUGCUCUUGUCAAUCUUUUAAAUCCAGAUUUUUCUGUGCAAUAUUUUUGUAGGAAAGAAGCCGAUAAUCAGGAAUGAGUUGCUGUGUCUGUGAACUUAUUUUUGUUUUCUUUUGUUCUUGUGGGUAAGCGUCUGUGUAUCCGUGUGUGCUCAUGUCACCUGUGAGGGGGGUGGGGGUUGCGGACCAAUGAACUAUUGGGAGAUGGAGGGGUUUGCUUUCUGCCACCAGCGCACCUUCUGGGCUGGUUUACAAAGGAAAAAACAAACAAAAAAAAGAGCACGCUUGGAUUUGAUUUUCUAAAAGUUCACCUGCUUCUGCCCCCUCCGUCCUCGCCGAGCUCUGCUAAAGACUGCACACGCUGGCUGUCAGCAGGUCAAAACGCUGUCUUUGUGUGUCUGUGUGCGUUUGAGAGUUGCUGUACAACAAUUUUCAAGAAAGCCUUGUGACGAAGCUUUAUUGUACAUAACGUAAAUAAACGAGAACAAAUGGAUUUCCAUCUCUAUGCCUCAAGUGGUUUUUUUUUUUUUGGUAACAUAUUUAGGAAUCUAUAUGCAACAGUUCACCAAAAUGUGUUAUUUACAAAAAUAUAUCUAAUAGUUUUGAAUUUAGGUGUUCUUCAGUAAGAUUGAUGGAGGGAACAUUUAGAAACAAUUUACUCAUAUUUUUAGACUACUUGUUGCCGGACUUUAGCAGGACAUUUUACAUUUUUUGACGGUUUAAGGCUUCUCACUGUGCAUGUUCUAGCAUGUUCUUGAUGAUAGAACAGUUAUCUAGAGUUUUCUAUUGAACACCCCGAUCUGACUUUACAUCACUUUCGCUAAAUUGUAAAGUCCAAAUAUAUUGCAUACUUAGGUGAAUUAGAGCAAACUAAAAUAAAAAAAAAA